UCAGACAGUCAGUCUUUUUUUGCUCUAGAAUCCCAGCAACCACAGAGGGGACUGAUCGCGAAAGGACACACUAUGUGGUUUCCUCGUCAAAUCUUCGAACGAGUCUUUGGGUUCUUGAAAUCUUUCUUUAUUCAUAAAUCUUCGAACGAAGAUUCACCAAAGUCAGAACCAAGUGCUUCUUCAUCUUUCUCUUAUGAAAUCAAAGUUGUAGUAGAUUCGGGGAAAAGUAAUUCCGUGACAGACAAGCCACAACAUGUAAACCAACCCACAUUUUCUUCUACACCACUUCAGUCUCCAUCUAAACCACCCAGUUCUAAAAGUUCAAAUCCAUUGCCACAUACAUUUUCUUCUAGACCAUCCACAUCUUCCUCAAACCUAUCACAAUCUUCGCCUAAACCACCUCCUUCAUCUUCUAGUCCAUCUCCAUCAUCCGUUAAACCUCCAGUUGCUUCUUCUACAUCAUAUGCAUCUAUCCUCAAGACCACUGAACCCCCAUCAGCUUAUUCUUCUCCAACUUCCAAAAAACCACCUCAAUCUUCACCUUCAGUGGUCCAAAAUUCAUCUACCUUGGGGCCUCGUCAGACUUCCACUAAUCAACCUCCAGCUUUUAAGCCAAUUCGGCAUACAGCUCCCAAUAAUGUAACAAAUGAAGAAGGGAAAAGCAAUUCCGUGAAAGACAGGUCACAACAUGUUUUGAGUUCUGACAAAGUUUCUAAGAAUUCAAAAGAUUUAAGUCCAUUGCUACCUAUAUCCUCUUCUAAUCAACCCACAUUUUCUUCUACACCACUUCAGUCUCCAUUGAAACCACCCAGUUCUAAAAGUUCAAAUCCAUUGCCACAUACAUUUUCUUCUAUACCCUCCACAUCUUCCUCAAACCUACCACAAUCUUCGUCUAAACCACCUCCCUCGUCUUCUAGUCCAUCUCCAUCAUCCCUUAAACCUCGACUUGCUUCUUCUAUAUCAUAUGCAUCUUUCCCUAAGACCACUGAACCCCCUCCAACUUCCAAAAAACCACAUCAAUCUUCACCUUCAGUGGCCCCAAAUUCAUCUGCCUCGGGGCCUUGUCAGACUUCCACUAAUCAGCCUCCAGCUUUUAAGCCAAUUCUGCAUACAGCUCCCAAUAAUGUAACAGAUGAAGAAGGGAAGAUGAGUUAUAUGUGUGAAAAGGGCACACCCAUAUAUGCUAUUCCUGAGGAUAUCAAAGGUCAGAUCAAGAGAGACAUUGUGCCUCAAGUUCUGAAACAGCCUUUAUCUUCUUCAACUUAUAAGGCUUUUUUUGCUGCUCUGUUAUAUGCUGAGGAUUACUACUUGGAGAAAUGGACUGGUUUCCUAUUGGAGAAAGUGACUUUGGAGUUGGAGAAAGCAACAGUUUAUAAGAAAAAAAACGAGUAUGAAUAUUCUGAUGGAAGUGAUGAGAAGGAUGAUAAAAUCUUUGUAGCAUUUGAGAUUGAUUCUGUUCCUCAGAGGCAGCCGUUCCUUUUAUCAAGGGACAUGGUCUAUGCUCAACCUUCGGAUAAAGAGGUUGAGGCCUUUCAGGGUUUUAUCUAUCGUGUGGUGAAAAGCAAUCGCGUGUUAGUUGAAUUUAGAGACGAUUUUCAUUCACAGCAUCAUCCAAAUCGCAAAUAUGACAUCAGCUUCUCAUUCAACAGAGUUUGUCUGGAAAGGGCUCAUCAAGCUGUUGAUACUGCAAUAGAAACUUCAUCCCAGAACUUCAUCUUUCCUGAAUGUGUCUCUUGGAAGAACAAUGUUAACCCACCUCUGUUUGAUGCCUAUCAUGAACUUGAUAUAGAUGAGUUCCAUGCAGUUCGUCGCAUUCUAAGCUAUCCGGGCUCACCACCUUAUCUUCUUGUGGGCCCGCUCAUUAGCACUGAAGUGGAAAGGUAUGUACCUGAACUAAAAGCAUCAGCAAGAACAGGGGUGGUUGUUUGUGAAGCUGUAAUUGAAAUAUAUAAAACCUCUGAAGAGAAUCGGGUUCUUAUAUGUGCACCUAUAAACCACACAUGCGAUGCGCUAAUGACAAGGUUGAUGGAGGUGAUUCCAGCGUCAGAUAUGUUUAGAGCCAAUGCUGCAUUUCGAGAGAUGGAUAGAGUACCCAGUGACAUUCUGCGCUCAUGUCCUGUAAAAGAUGAAUGUUUUGAAUGUCCCCCACUCCCAAUACUUCAGGAAUUCAAGAUAAUUUUGUCAACUUAUGUGAGUAGCUUUCGACUAUACAACGAAGGCAUAGCUGCUGGACAUUUUAGUCAUAUUUUUCUAGUGGAUGCCUCAUCAACCACAGAGCCGGAGGCAACAAUAGCUUUGGCUAAUUUUGCUAAUGAGAAUACAUCUGUUAUUGUUACUGGUGCACCCAGAGACCAUUCAGGUUGGGACCGUUGGGUCCGCUCUAACAUGGCUAGGAAUUAUGGAUUGAGGAAGUCAUAUUUUGAAAGACUUUGUGAACGGGAGCCAUAUAAAAACCUUAAUCCAAUGUUCAUCACAGAGCUGGUUGACUGUGAGCAACAGUCAGAUGGCAACUAUAGCUCCAUGUCAUUUUAUUGAAUUUCAUGUUUCAAAACUGUUCUUUUAUGAACAGCAAAUGUUGCCACCUUAGUAUCUACAUAAGGUUUUGUUUGUUUGUUUGUUGGUUUUUUUUUUCUUCUCUGCUUUGUCAUCUGAGUUGGUGUGUAUAUAAUUGCAAAGACCUAUGAAAAAUUUUACUUUUAUUUCCUCCUCUCUUUCCAUCUAUUGUAAUAGUUCUUUGCAGUU